GUCGUUGUGCCUUUUACCUCCUUUUCUGCCCCCCAUUGGAUUAAUAAAGCUUUUGUUUUUUCAGUCUUUCUGGUUUUGAAGUGAAGUUUUGAAGCAUUCCACUUACGUUUUUAGGGGUUACUCUCAUGUGCAAACUGGAUUUUAAAAGUUGAAAGUCAGUUAGAAUCUCUGUCUUCUACGCAACCACACACAGAGCCUCGGGCACUUUAGCUCCAGCUCAGUCCAGUCUUCCGUGGUUUGUUGUCUGGUGUUUUGAUUCUGUUUUGUUUUAGACUCCUUCAAAAGUUACUUAAUUUUUAAAGUCAUUGCUUUUUUAGGUUUGCCCACAUGUUUUUGGUUUCUUUGAUUCUUGCUUCUCUCUCCUUCACGCUGUUUUUUCUCCUUACUGUGCCAUUCAUUGUCCUUUCACAAGGGCCUCGAAGUGGAAGCCCUCCCAGUGGUGCCCCAGAUUUCCUCCCCUUCCCCUCCCCCACCCCCGUCAGUGCUUUGGAAUGACAGAGCAGUUGCGUAUAGACGUUUUAGAUGCCACGUCUGGAAAAGAAUGCCUGUUCCAUUGUGCUUCCUGCUUUUGUGUUCUCAGUUUAAGAGAAAAGUAUCCAUUGGAGAGGUGAAAAUUGUCUUCUGCUUUAAUUUGCGUUUCUUUUUCAUAAUCAGCAAGGCAGAACAUCUUUCGUGGUUUGCUGGCCAUUUGUAUAUUCUGUCCAAGUUCUUUGCCUGUUGUUAAGGUAUUGGCUUUCUAUAUUGUUCCCCCUCAUUGAAUUAAAGUUAUGGAUCCUUCGUGGCAGUUGUUGCAACUAUUUCCUCCCAGUUGGACUGCUAAGUCUAAUAGCCUGAGAGAAAGGGAGUCUGGGGGUUGCCAGAAGAAUGGUCCCUUAGGGAGGCACGUGCCGUGCCUCUGGUAACAUGCUUCCCGGCUGGGCCUGUCUCCAGGGUCCAGUCUCCUGUUACUACAGGAAAAUCCCUGCCUGGUAGAGCUGCUGUUCCACAUGCUGAAAUCCCAGGACCUAAGUUCCAGAAUCCUCUCCUUCUCACUCCGCCUCGCAGGGAUAUUUGCAGCCCAGGAAAACUGCUUCCAGUAUCUUCAGCAGGGGGAGCUGCUGCCCACGCUCUUUGGGGAGGCGGGCCCCCUCGGAGGGGCGGCCUGGACAGCCCCCACCGUGCGCAGCGGCUGGGUCCAGGGCCUGCGCACCUUGGCACGGCAUCCUAGUGCCCUGCGCUUCCUUGCCGCCUGUGGUGCUGUUGACACCAUCUUCUCCCUGCAGGGAGAUUCCAGCCUGUUCGUGGCCUCGGCAGCCGGGCAGCUCCUGGUGCACGUCCUGGACUUGGCGAUGCGAGGCCCAGCCGAGGGCCGCCGCGGUCCGCGGGCUCGUGACUGGCCAGCAUGUGCCCAGAAGAUUGUGUGUCACAUCGAAGACUCCCUGUGCUCUGCAGCCACCCCGCAGGUCACACAGGCCCUGAAUGUCCUGACCACCGUGUUCGGGCACUGCCGUGGCCUUUGGACGCAAGGCCUUUGGGUGCGGCUGAGCCCCCUCGUGGCCCGCCUGCUCGAGAAAGACCCUGUCCCAGCCUCACACUCGCUCGUGGAUCUCCUCCUCAGCGUGGCCCGGUCAGGCCCCCGGGGCGCAGCUGGUGGGGUGGGCAGGAGCUCUUCUGUGCUGAGUUCUGACCGUGGCCUGUGGGAGACUUUGGCCCAGACUCUGAGCCACUUGAGCCCCACACAGGCAGGGCCUCUGGCUUUGGGGAUCCUGAAACUGCAGGACUGUCCACAGGCACUGAGGACCCAGGCCUUCGGCAUCCUCCUCCAGCCCCUGGCCUGUGUCCUGGAAGCUGCUGCUCAGGCCCCUGGAACCCCAGGCUUGCUGGAGGGGGCCGCAGGCGACUCGAUGACGGUGGACACGCUCCUCUCCUCCAAGUCGGCCUGUGUGGGUCUCCUAUGCUGCGCUCUGGCCCACCUGGGGCUGCUGCAGCCGCUGCCCCAGCGCCCCUCGCCCUGGCCGCAGGUGCCCCUGCUUGGGGCUGUGGUGACAAUACUGCGGCUCUGCAGUGGCUCAGCAGCCCCCACCUCCGAUGUGGGCGGCCGCCUCUGUGCGAUCCUGGUGGGCUGUGGCCGGGUCCAGCGAGCUGCCCUGGAUUUCCUGGGGGCGCUGUCUCAGGGGACCGGCCCUCAAGAGUUGGUGACGCAGGUGUUUUCCAUCCUCCUGGAGUACCUCAUGAGCCCUGAGUCCAGCUCCAUGGUUCUGAAGAAGGCCUUCCAGGCCACACUCAGGUGGCUCCUGAGCUCAUCCAAGACCCCCGGCUGCUGCGACCUGGACCCCCACACCCAGCAGUUCCUCAGAGAGCUGCUUCCUGUGCUACAGAAGCGCCUUUGCAGCCCCUGCUGGGAGGUGAGGGACUCAGGCCUCGAGUUCCUGACCCAAAUGACCAGACAGUGGGGAGGGCGGACCGGCUUCAGACAAGCGCUCCUUGCUUCAGAGGUGCCCGAGCUCACCAGGCAGCUUCUGCGAGACCCUGAGAGUUACGUCCGCGCGAGCGCAGUGACCGCCACAGGGCAGCUGUCUGGCUGGGGGCUGCGUGCCACUCCUGCCAGCCCUGAGCGCCCAGGGGCUCAGCAGGAGAGCCUGCUCGGGGAGCUCUUGCACAUCCUCUCCACAGACUCGGAGGGCUUCCCCCGGAGGGCCGCCAUGCAAGUCUGCACUGAGUGGCUGAGGGAUGGCCGUGCUGAUGUAGCUGAAGACCCGGAGCGGUUUGUGGCCGGAGUGCUCCAGGCGGCGAGCAGGGACUUGGACUGGGAGGUGCGGGCCCAGGGCCUCGAGCUGGCACUGGUCUUCCUGGAGCAGUUGCUGGGUCAGCGCGGCUCCCGCUGUCCCUAUUCCGUGGGCCUGCCCGAAACAGCCCCACCUGGCGUGCUGGCCCAGGCCCUGCAGGUGCUCUGCCGUGUGCAGCUCUUUGAGUUUGCCUUCCGUGCCUUGUUUGACUGUGACCGACCUGUGGCCCAGAAGUCCUGUGAUCUUCUCCUGUUCCUGAGGGCCAAGGCUGCUUCCUGUGGCAGCCUGCAGGAGGCGGGGGACAGUCCCAGCGUGGCCUCUGUGGAGGCCACCCUGCAGAGAUGGCAGGCAGGUGAGCAGGGUCAGCCCCUGGGGUACCUGGAGCCCGGGGCCAUCGUAGCUGUGCUGAGGUCUGUAGACCUGGAGGGCCUUCGGGACACUCUGGCUGAGAGCAGCGACCACGUGGAGAAGAGCCCCCAGUCACUCCUGCAGGACGUGCUGGCCGCCGUGGGUGUCCUCGGGGAGAACGAGGCCGACUGCUACUGACCAGCCUAGUGGCAGCCUCCCCAGGACCCUGCUGCUGCACCACGUACCUUCCUUGGGCCCUGGCAUCCUGAGGACUCUAGUCUGGCCUGGCUGCACAAGGGACCCUCCAGGGAAGCCAGGACCAGGUGAGCCCGGCAAGCUCAAAGAGCCCCACCUUUUGAUGUAUUGCUGAAGAAGUGGUUUAUUUUCUACUCAAAAUAAAUGUGAUUUGACGGUGCCACUGGGUCAGCACAGUGUUCUAAGACUGCCCAGGGGUAGGCCCCUGGCCUGGUGGGGGCUUGGAGAAACAUCUGGGGAGGGACCCUCUGCACAGUGGCCACGUGCUUCCUUGGCAUGGAGGGGUGGUUCCUCUGCUUGGAUCCCACCAUGCCCCAGGGACACCCAAGGUCAAAGAGCAAACAGCUCAGGCUGGAGAGUGUC